CGAUGAUUACAAAAGAUUCAUCAAGAAUAAAAAUCCUGAAAUGGAGCCAAACUCGACUAGUUUCACAAAAACGGUAGCCGUGACUUCUGAUCUCCCCUCCGCUCAAAUGGGAGAAGCCACUCUCCCAGAAGUCCCUGCGUUUCUGUCCCCUACGCUGAGAGCCGUUUUCCGCGCCGUUGUUGACGACAGCGCUUGCUUCCCUCUCCCGCUCAGAAGCCGGUGGCCAAAAAGCUGGGGUCAUCUGUUCAGGCCUGCCAGUGCUUGGUGACCUCAGGCGGCUUCGAAGAAGGUCUGUUAAAGGGUUGAAGGGGCUCGUCUUGGUAGUGGCGCAGUUCUAGUCCCUGGCUCCUCUGCCAUUUCGUCAACGGCUCUGUGGCGCGCUAGGCCAAUCUCAGUCUCUGAGCCAUGAUGCAGGCGGGGGACAUGGGUGGAAACAACAGGGAAGACAGUGAUAUGUCUUUCGGAAGAGAGCAGUCACACUCUACUGAAUGUGAUGCGUCAUCUGAGGAGUUUAAAAGUACAUGGAUGCUGCUGAAAGAGAUCCAUGAAAGAGAGCUCCAGCGUUUAAAGUCAAAAUUAGCGAGGCUGAAGAAAGAGCGGUUGGCACACAGGAGAGCAGCCCCGAAAGCCAGAGAGAGAGAAUUCUUUGAACAGCAGAAAGUUCUCAGGGACAUCAUCGUUGAGUUACGAAGACAGUUAAGCUCGAGAGUAUGUGUCCGCUGUUCAAUGAAUGAAGCAUUUAGCAAGAAGCUUCGGCAAGACAUAGCUGAAAUACAGGAAACUAAUCGUAAAUGUAUUGCUGCUCUCACUGCCGAGAAGGAUAAAUUAAUAGAAGAAAAUAAAAAGCUUUCUGAAAAACUAAAACUAACACAGCAGCAGUUUCCUGUUCCGUUUUCUGAUAGCGAUGAUGAUUUCAUUUCUUGUACUCAAAAGACUAUCCCAGUCUUUACACUCAGGGAGCCUCCAGAAGGAGCUACAAUCCAAAUGCCUGUCAGACGCAGACCAAGGUUACAUACUACAAAGAUCGGAUCUGCACAUGGACAGCAACAGCAACAAAGUCCAGAGUUUCCAAUUCCAUCUUGUAGUCAAGAGCUCUUUGAAGUGCCAGAGACCUCGAUGGAGGAAACUUCCUCUAAUGACAAUACGGCUACUCCUGGAUGCUCUGCCAACCAGAAGGCAUCUGCACUUGGUCCUCAAAAGAAGUUCAGAUUUCAAGGCAGGUCAAAGUCUCCUGUUGCUAAGCCUAGCCAACCACAAAAGAAACGUGAAAAAAAAUCCUACACACGAAAGUAUGAAACUGAGCAUGACUCCUCUUGGAGCUUUUCCAGUGUCUCCUCAGAACAGGUAUCUACCCAGGUGGUAUCUGAAACCUCAGAGGAAAACCUGCUUGGUUGUGACACAAGCUCAGUUUCGUCUUCACAGAGCAAGGAAAAACACUGUUCAAAUGUAUUUCAUUUUGACUAUACUUCCAAAUCUAAUGGGAAGAAAAGAUCAUCUGGCAUUCCUAAUUAUAAUAUUGAAUCAACAUCAACAGCGAAACUCAGCAGUAGCCCGAAAUCUUCCAAUGGGGAAGCUGCUUUGAGCACUCAAGAAGCUACAUAUUCAGGGUAUGGUGCUAAUAAGCCUCAAGAUGACUAUCAAACUAUGUUUCCAGUCAGUUCAAUAAAGAGAAAAGCCAAGACAAACUUAAAAAGGCAGAGGAUGUAGCUUCCCUCAUCUGAAGCUAUGCAGUUCAUGAAAGUAUUGCAGUUGUAUUCCAUCAUAUGGUGUAAAGAGGAACUGGUAACACCGAUAAUACAGUUCUACCUCAAGGAGAAAAACAUCACCUGAAAGAACAUGACACUACACCAUAUCAGAGAGUGAUGCUGUGAAGAUAAUGAUGACAUUCUCUAUCCUUUGGCAAAUACUUCCUGUAUUUUUGCUUGUGAUUUUCUAAAUCUUGGGUCAAAUAAAAGCUAAUGUGUUAAAUAUGAAUGCUGGUUGUUUCCU